UCUAAGUCUUAUUGUGGUCUGACGGACGGUGACUUCUGGUCCCGCUAUUACUAUCGCGUCUGGCUUCUUGAUGUGACCGAGGCCCGGCGGCGUCAGAUUGCCCUUCGAGUGGCUGGAAAUGCUGGCGUCUGCGAGACAGCUGAUCAUCAUCCUGAUGCUGUUGUCUCUUCUGCAUCAUCUUCAACACCUGCGGCCAGCAAAUCGCUUGCUGUAGCGGCUUUCCCACCUACUGUGCAAACUCGACAUCUGGCCCAGAUCUCUGCUACUUCUGCUGCAAAUCCUAUAUGUAAUGAAGUCUCAUCGGUAUCUACUGCUAUGUCAGUUGUCGCUUUGGUUGGAAAUACGACUCCUGUCGAGGUAGACAACCUCGCAACACAAGUGCUUUCUAGAGCCAGUGCGAAUGCAUCGGCUACCCUUAGGAUGGUUUCAGAUUGGGGGGAUGAGGAUUUCUCUGAUAACGAAGAUGAGAAUACUAUGGCCGACUCGGCCUCGGCUGGCCCGGGUCGCUUGGAGGAGGGUGAAGAAAUCAUGCUUGAGGACAAUUUUGACUCUCGCAUCGAAAAGGCUAACAAAGCAAGUCAACCUCUUUACAUUCUUUGGUUUCAACAGAAUGCCAGUCUGAAUCUCACUUCCGCAGUCUCUGACACUUUGCCACUCUCGACUGCAUCUUCUUCCUCCGUCCAUAGAAUUGACUCGGGCAAUAACACACUCAUAACACCGUCUUCCGCCUGUGAGUUCGCCUCUUCUGUACAGUCGUCCCUGGUUUUGGUGAAUCGCUUGGGUGAAGCAGAUGAUGCUGUUCUGAUGACGUCAGCUCCAGACCCAGUUUCUUUUUCCACUUCAGCCUCUGUUUCGGCACCCGUCUCGGCUGCUGCUUCUAUCCGGACUGAUGAAGACUUCGAGGAGGUAGCCAGAGAGGAGGGACAAGCUGAGGGACUGGCUGACUCGGAGGUAGAAUUAAUUGGUGAUCAGGGCGAAACUGUGGCCAGGCAUGGGCACUUGACGAAUAAAGGGGAUGACGAUGACAGCUUUGCAGUACCCACUCCGCGUCUCAAGUUUCUUGUUGGAGUACUUUUCACUUCGCUUGAAGAAGCUAAUGGAAGGGAUUCGUAA